GAACCCCAAAACCACGCCAAAUUUGUUGCCCAUCUCCAUAUAUAUAAUUGUUUACAAUACUCUUCUCCAUCUUGCACGAAAACUAUUCGGCAUAUAAUAUGGCAGGGUCAGGAGAUAAAGUGACGCUCCUUGCAGAAUGGCCUAGCCCCUACGUGCACAGAGCACAAAUUGCUUUGGAGCUCAAGGGGGUGAGCUACGAGUACUUGGAGCAAGAGGUCUGGGUAAAUAAGAGCGAGCUCCUCCUCAAAUACAACCCCGUGCACAAGAAGGUGCCGGUUUUGAUCCACAAGGGUCGGCCCAUUUGCGAGUCGACGAUCAUCCUCCAAUACAUCGACGAAGUUUGGGCCGGAAUUGGGCCCUCGAUUCUCCCCUCGGAUCCAUACGAACGCGCCGUCGCGCGCUUCUGGGCCAGCUAUGUUGAUGAAAAGUGGUUUCCUUCUUCGACAAAGAUUAUGAAAGCAAAGACGGAAGAAGAGAAAGCAGAAGCUGUAGAGCAAUCAUUAACAGGACUCAAUUUAUUAGAAGAGGCUUACGAGAAAAGCUCUAAAGGAAAACCCUUCUUCGGCGGAGACAAUGUUGGCUAUCUCGAUAUUGUUUUUGGGAGCGCCCUAUGCUGGGAGAAGACGAUAGAGAAGAUAUCAGGUAUCAAACUCAUCGACGAGACAAAAUUCCCUCUCUUAGCUGCAUGGGCGCAGCGCUUCUCCGCCAUCACGAUAGUGAAGGAAUUGACCCCAGAAACCAACAAGCUGGUAGAGUUUUGGAAGGAGCUCCAGGCUAUCCGGAAUGCUAAUACCUCGGGCAACUGAUUUAAUAUCCGAAUAUUAUAGCAAGAAAAUAUGUUGCGAAUAAAAGCAAAGUGUUUGGGAAAUGAAUAAAUGGGAGUUUGAUGAUCAGCUACAAAUAUAGUAGUAAAAAUAGACCAAGUAGUAUCUGUAGCAUGUGUGGCAUGCAUUUGUGUGUUGCUAUGUAAUUUCUUGCAGUAUAAAGACCCCAAAACAUUUCAAAAAGAAAAUAUUAGAAAGUGUGAAAGAUGCCAAUUACAGACUAAAUAAAUGGCCUUUUGACUUGA